AUGCAAGGUUUAGUAUUAAUUAAAGCUGUUCCGAAAAUGGGACAUUUGAGUAGAAGUGCAAAUUUUAAUGAUGCCAAGGAAUCAUUGAUGCGUGAAGCAUUUUUAAUGUCGCAAUUUAAGCAUCCAAAUGUUGUUAAGUUUCAUGGAAUAUGUUAUGAUGUACCAACUAUAUCUAUCGUAAUGGAACAAUGUACAGGUGGAUCAUUGGACGCUCAUUUACGGCAAUGGGAAUGUAAGAUUACAGUUGGUGAACGAAUUUUAUAUGGUUUAGAAACAGCAAAAGGAAUGCGUUAUUUACAGGAAAAAGAAUUGAUACAUCGUGAUUUGGCUACACGAAAUUGUUUAAUUAGUAAGUAUGGUAUUAUUAAAAUUUCCGAUUUUGGCCUUAGCCAAUUAGCUACUGAUCAUAUUGAUAAUUUGACAAAACAAAGGGUAACAAAUGUUUCAAUUUUAUUUUCCCAUUUUUAA